CCCAAAAUCUCCGAAAAAAUGAGUUCAAGUGCCAAAGAAGGCUCUGCGGUGCCGGCCAAGUCAAAGGGCAGUUGGACUAGCUUCCUCAAGUCUAUUGCAUCUUUCAACGGCGAUCUCUCUUCUAUGACCGCGCCCGCAUUCAUUCUCUCCACCACCUCCCUUACCGAAUUCUCAUCGUACUGGACAGAGCACCCCUCUCUGUUUGUUGCCCCCGCCGCCGAGAAAGACCCUGCGAAGCGAUGCUUGCUCGUCCUCAAGUGGUUUCUGAGCACCCUGAAGCAGCAAUAUGCCAGCCGAAGCGAGAAGCUGGGUAGUGAGAAGAAGCCCUUGAACCCGUUCCUCGGAGAGUUAUUCUUAGGGAAAUGGGUGGAUGAAGCCGGUGAAACAAACCUUGUGAGCGAACAAGUUAGUCACCAUCCUCCGGUCACAGCAUACUCCAUCUGGAAUGACAAAGCCGGUGUGCGGUUACAAGGUUAUAACGCCCAGAAAGCCUCAUUCUCGCGCACCAUCAACGUCAAACAAAUCGGGCAUGCCUUGUUGCACAUCGACGAGUACGACGAGGAUUACUUCAUCACUCUUCCUUCCCUCCACAUUGAAGGACUGAUCAGCGGAUCUCCCUUCGUAGAGUUGAACAGCCAAACUUACAUACAGUCAUCGAGUGGCUACGCUGCGAAGAUCGACUACAGUGGUCGCGGAUGGCUCAGCGGCAAGUCAAAUUCCUUCACCGCAGCGCUAUACCAUCAAGACAAAAAGAAGGAGUCAAUCUACACAGUUGAUGGCCAAUGGAACGGCGCGUUCACCAUCAAAGAUGGCAAAGGCAAAGAGGUCAUUGACAGUUUUGAUCACGCCAAAACCAAAACCACGCCCCUAACCGUCUCCCCCAUCGAGCAGCAAGACGACUUCGAAACGCGCCGAGCGUGGAAAAAAGUCGCAGACGCCAUCGUCGCGGGCGACAUGGAUACGACAUCAUACCAGAAAUCCAUUAUCGAGAACCGCCAGCGCAACAUGCGCAAGCAGGAAAAGGAAGAAGGCCGCGAGUGGCAGCGCCGCUUCUUUUCGCGCACUGACAAAUCCCCCGUCGUGGAGAAACUUGCGGCGCAGCUCGGCGAGUCACUGAACGAAAGCCAAACGAAUGGCAUUUGGCUCUUUGACGAUGCAAAGGCCAAGGAGGCGAAGAGCCCGUACCAUCCCGAUGUCACGCCACCGAUCUACGAGGAGGCUGCUGCGCCAGCUUCGUAG